AUGGUUAAUUAUUUGAUUACCGGUGUGAGUCAAGGUAUUGGCUUAAGUUUAGUAAAAGAAUUAUGCAAGAAUAAUUUCGUUUAUGGAACUGUUAGAAAAGCCGACGACAGAACAGCUUUAAACCAGUUGGACCCUAAAAAUUUGAAGUUGAUUGAGUUAGAUAUGGGAGAUAGUGAGACCACUUUCGAAGAAGCUUUCAAGGUUAUAGAUGAAGUUGAUGUUGUCAUUCAUAAUGCUGGGAUUAUGACAGAAAAACUCUUACAUCCUUUAGUCUCCAGUACCACUGAAGAUUUCGAAGACUUGUUCAGGAUCAAUACUAUGGGAUGUUUCAAGGUUUAUAAGUAUAUUCACCCUUACUUAUAUAAAGGUAAAGGAAGGAAGAAAUUUGUUGCUAUAUCUUCAAUGGCAGCAGAUCCUGGUAUCAUUGAUUCAACUAAACAAGGAUCCAGUGCUUAUGGAGUUUCAAAAAUCGCUAUCAAUUACUUAAUCAAACAGAUCGCAGCGGAAAACUCCAAGAGUGAAAAUUCCGUGGAAUCAACAUCUUUAACCAUUGCUUUACAUCCAGGUGCUUUAAGAACCCCAAUGACUGAAGAGAUUGCUGAAAUAUAUCCUCAAAUGUUCAAAAAUGCUGAAGAAGGAGUCAAGAAUAUCUUGAAAUUGAUAGAUAACAAGAACUUAAUCUCUGGUGGGUUCUAUAACGCUGGUGAUGGAUCAAAAUACGUAUUUUGA